AAAACAGACUGACAGCAUCAUGGCCACAACCUUGCUUUGUAGUGUGUUCCUUCUUCUGGCCUUUAGGCUAGCUUUGGCUUCUGGUCACAAUCCUAGGACACCAGACAGAGUUUCUGAAGCUGACAUUCAAAGACUUCUGCAUGGGGUAAUGGAGCAACUGGGCAUUGCCAGACCCCGAGUUGAAUACCCUGCACACCAAGCAAUGAAUCUGGUCGGUCCACAGAGCAUUGAAGGUGGUGCACAUGAAGGUCUGCAGCACUUGGGCCCGUAUGGAAAUAUACCAAAUAUUGUUGCUGAGUUAACUGGUGACAAUAUACCUAAAGAUUUCAGUGAAGAUCAGGGAUAUCCUGAUCCUCCAAAUCCUUGCCCAGUUGGAAAAACAGUUGAUGAUGGAUGCCUUGAAAACACACCUGAUACAGCACAAUUCAGCAAAGAAUACCAGCUUCACCAACACCUGUUUGAUCCAGAACAUGACUAUCCCAGCAUGGGCAAAUGGAAUAAGAAUUUACUAUUUGAGAAAAUGAAGGGUGGACCAAAAAGAAAGAAAAGGAGUGUGAAUCCAUAUCUUCAAGGACAGAGACUGGACAAUGUUGUAGCAAAAAAGUCUGCUCCACAUUUUUCAGAUGAAGACAAAGAGACCGAGUAAACACUGAGACUCCGUGUCGUCCUCAUAUAUCAUCACUGUUUCAAAUCCUUAUUUAGCUGCUGCAUGUUUAUUACUUAUAUAAUUGUCACCGAAGAGCAGCUGCAUUUAUGACUUUUGUUCUUCUGAAUAAACGAAAACCCAGUUCUGCUUUCUGUUAUGUUAUGACAAUAAUUCCUUGUUGUUGUUUUUGCUUUAAACCCGGAACAAGCUUUAAAAUUAAUCAGUUUAAUAUCCUAUGUGAGUUUAAUGGCUUUAAGAAGAAGCAUGUAAAGAGAAACAUUAUUUUAACGUUUUCCAGUUAUUGUGCUUAUUUACAUUAUGUAAUGUUUGACGUUUGCGAACAAUAGUUUCUUAUUAGGUUUUGUUCACAGGUAAUAGCCCA